AUGCCAGGAACUAAUAUGAAACAAUAUUUUGAUCUUCUGCCAGCUCAGCUAAAAAAUUUCUUCAAGAAAUACCCACCAAAUGUUAAAUACAGCGACAAGCCAACUGUGAUCUCGGCUCCAGAUGCCAAUCCAUUCCUACCCAACAAGAACCCUGUUACAGGAAAAUACCACGAACCUAAGUAUUCGCUAAGACGGAUGAGUGAUUUGUAUAAACUUGCUUAUAACUAUGGUAUCCAUGACAUGCUUCCACCAACAAAGAAGCUGUUCUUCGAAGAAAAGUACGAAAAUAAGAAGUUCAUGAAGGGUGUACUGUUACCUAAAGGCCACAAGCAUGAACGUAUUCACGAACAAAAAAUAGCUAAGAUGGCUGAAGCUAUCAAGAAUGCAGACCAAUAUAUCAUUGACGUGAAGGGUUCCAAGUACAAGAGAAAGUUAGAACAGAAGCAAAAGGAAAAGGCAAGAAGUUGGUUCUGA